AUUUGAAAGUUCAAUGGAGACAAAGGAAAACUUCCGUCCUUUAAAGAGGUACUUCCGUCAGAGAGCUCACUGCAAUCCUUUGUCUCACAACGACACAUUUACCUAUCCCCAGACUCCAGAUGAUAUGGACUGGUCCGUUCACUAUCCUCAGUACUUCGAUUCUCAGCUCCCUGCACAGGAGCAAAAUAAGAAGGCAACCAAGCAAGUGAGUGUGCUGGAUGUUGGUUGUGGUUAUGGCGGUUUGACGGUGGCCUUGAGCACCAUUCUUCCGGAAGAGCUUAUUUUAGGGCUCGAAAUCCGCAUGAAGCUUUGCGAAUAUGUGGACUUGCGAAUCAAGAAUUUGCGCCAGGAAAAUGAGGGUCAGUACCAAAACGCCUCUGUUUUGCGAACGAACGCGAUGAAGUACCUCCCAAACUACAUCCGGAAAGGCCAGCUCUCUCGCAUGUUCUUCUGCUUCCCCGACCCGCACUUCAAGGAGAAGAAUCAUCGUCGCCGCAUCAUCAGUCCGGUUCUGCUUUCCGAGUACAUGUACUACCUGAAACCGUCAACGGGAUCCUUUACACGAUCACGGAUGUGGAGGAACUGUCGCUGUGGCACAAGAAGCAACUGGAAGACCAUCCUGGUUUCGAGCUGCUGACGGAGGAAGAACUCAAGGACGAUCCGGUGGUGGACGCGGUGUAUCACUCGACGGAGGAGGGAAAGAAGGUGGAGAGAAACGCAGGGAAGAAGUUUUUGUACGCGGCGAGGCGAAAGAGCGAUGAGGAAUUGAUUCAAUCAGUUUUGGAUU